GCUGCGGGUCCUGCUAAAGCUCCCAAGUUGCCUGGGGGGUCAGUUCAGUACAGCGUGCCGCGAGUUGAGCUUCGUCAGAGCUGCCGCCUGCAACUCCAACAAACAGACCGCCGCACCACACGUUGAAACGACCCCAGCUCUUUGCCAACCACCGACAACUUCAAACAGAGCAGCUUUUGUACAAUUGCCAACACGAAGGAGCAAGAAAAAGAUCGCAUAACAACAAAGUUCCUGCAAAAUGGCAUCAGGCUACGAUAGAGCUCUUUCGGUGUUCAGUCCCGAUGGCCACGUCUUCCAGGUUGAGUACGCGGGUGAAGCCGUGAAGCGAGGCACAUGCGCUGUCGGUGUUAAGGGUGCGGACAUCGUGGUGCUGGGAUGCGAAAAGAGGUCGGCCAUGAAGCUGCAAGACACCCGCAUCACCCCCUCCAAGAUCGGCCUCAUCGACACUCACGUCUGCCUUGCGUUCGCCGGCCUAAACGCCGACGCCCGCAUUCUCGUCGACAAGGCUCGGUUAGAAGCCCAAUCGCACCGCCUCACCGUCGAGGACCCCGUCACGAUAGAGUACAUCACCAAGUACGUCGCCGGCGUGCAACAACGCUACACCCAGAGUGGAGGUGUACGACCGUUCGGCAUCAGCACCCUUGUUGUUGGGUUCGACAACGGCAGCAAGGUCCCCAGACUCUAUCAGACUGAGCCUUCAGGCAUCUACUCGGCAUGGAAGGCAAACGCUAUCGGAAGAUCAAGCAAGACAGUGCGCGAGUUCCUUGAGCGGAAUUACAAGGAGGACAUGGACCGGGAGCAGACCAUUCGGCUCGCCAUCAAGUCACUCCUGGAGGUUGUUCAGACAGGUGCCAAGAACAUCGAGAUUGCUAUCAUGGCACCUGGAAAAUCCAUCGAAAUGCUUCCGGUGGAGGACAUCGAGAACUAUGUCAAGAACAUUGAGCAGGAGAAGCAGGAGGAGGCAGCCAAGAAGAAGACAGGACGUACGCCAGGCACAGGAAGCGCAGCUAUCUUGACGAGGGAGGCGGGCAGUUCCGAUGACCAGUAAAGCGAGCAGGUAUAUGCAUAUGGCACGAGACAUGACGAAGAGCAGGGCUAUAGAUCACGGCAACAGCUAAUGUAAGAUAUCUUGCGCGAUCAACCAGUCGGGUGCUACGAUGUUGAUUUGCUUUGAUUGCGGUGUUUUAUGGUAUUAUGCUUCCCAAGACGCCCAGUAAAUGCUUCAAUAAUGCGGGCAACAGCCUCUGUAGCGAUAUCAACUAGC